AGCUGCUCGGGAGGCUGAGGCAAGAGAAUCACGUAAGCCCAAGAGCUGGAGGUUGCUGUGAGCUGUGUGACGCCACGGCACUCUACCGAGGGCAGUAAAGUGAGACUCUGUCUCUACAAAAAAAAAAAAAAGAAAAACCUGAGGCAAGAGGAUUGCUUGAGCCUGAGUUGAAGGUUGCUGGGAGCUAUGAUGCUAGGGCCCUCUACCCAGGGUGACAGCUUGAGACUCUGUCUCAAAAAAAAGGAAGCCAGGUAGAGAAGAGAGACCCCAGCACCUCUGCUGCAGCCCCCACAUACUACCCCUUACCCCCACCCCUAUCUGCCCCCCAGGAUAUGGCAAUGGAAAUGGACUGGUAGCCCAGCCAGGCUUAGGAUUGGGCACAAAGCCCCAGAAGCCAGGUGAGUCUGCCCUCUGCUCCCCCAAGCCUCUGAGCUCUCCUCCUUUCAUUCAUACCCCACCUGGACCUAGAAAGGGUGGCACCCAGGUGAGGUGGGUCUGGUCUGGCAGCUGCUCUUCCAUCUGCUCACAGGCUUCCAGAAUGGGCCCACAUGAGCACAGGGGAGUGUCUGCAGGAUACCUGGUUUCUAACUUGGUUCUAAAGGGGGACCACACUCUCUGCUUAGCCAGGGUCCCCAAGCCUCUGCUUACCCCUCCUUCCUUGACAGGCUCCCCUGGCUUCAGACCUAUUGAUAUUGAUUUGGGGGCAGGGAAGCUGGAGCUGUGGGAAGGAAUGAAAUGGGUCCUCCAGACCCCAAUCAGAUUCACUCACAGGCUCCUACAGCCUGGAAGAAGGUGGAAUUGGCAACUGAAUGGAGGUGGCAGGGGGCAGAGGGAGGUGCCUGGAGUUCAGGUCUCUUAGUCUUGAGGGCAGAGAAACAGCCCCAGUCCCCUUCUGCUCCUUAGCACCACCUGCCUCCACAGGCCCUCUGGUUCCCCUGGCCAUGGGCCAGGUAAAGGAGGUUGGGGUGGGCAUAGAGGCAGAUGCCAGGGUUCUGGAGAAGAGGCCCUGCAGUGGGAGGCAGGAUGGGUACCUCACCCCCACCCCUAUCCCUCAGGCUUUGGAGAGGGCAUGAAACCACACAAGCCAGGCGAGCCCUUUCUCUAUAUGCCCUCCCCAGUCUCUCUAGCCCUGUCUCCCCAGGGUACAGGAAUGGGUUGGGAGCCAGAGCUUUCUCAGGUAAGGAAGCCCAGCCAGGUAGGGGAAUCUGGGUAGGACCUGGGGGAGGGGAAGAGGCUAGGCACACCUUAGAAUUGAGGGGGUCAGUGUUGGGUCCUGGGGAAGGGACAGGGUGGCAUCUUCCUCUUAGUCAUUCUCUGUACUCUUCUCCAGCCUUGGGAGGGGACCAGAAACCUCUAAAGCUGGGAUAUGGCAAUGGAAACAGGCUGGGGGCCCAGCCAGGUCCCUGCAAUGGGGGGGUCACUCCAUUGCUCCUCCCCAGGCCUCUCACUCCAGGGGUCCCUUCAGAUAAAGGAGGCAGCUGGGGCCUGAAAUCCAAGCCCCCUCCCCCAAUGCAGAAUGGCCAGUUUCCAGCACUGAUCCCAGCCAUCCAGUGGGGAAUGAAACCUCAGAAAGCAGGGUACCAGCCUCCAAAUGGCUACAGACAAGGAGCAGAGCUGGGUUUUGGUGGCAGCCUCAAGCCACAGAAAGUUGGCCAGGCUGCUGUGCUUCAGGGCUCUUCCUGGCCAGGCCUCCAGGCUUGGGGGGCCAGCUUAAAGCUUGGAUAUGGGGCUAGAGGCAAAUAUGCAGAAGUUGGGAGCCAACCAGGCCACUGCCCUCUUGGAAAAUGCUGAGCACUGUACUGGAGGCUGUCCCCUCCCUGUCCUAAGGGUUUCUGCAUUGAUGCCUGAUCUGCUGGGCAGGAAAGGCCACAUCCUUGGGAUCCGACCCUGGUGCUGGCUGGCCCAGGGUCUCUUCCAGGCUAGAAGUAUUAAUAAAGGCUAU